AUGGCUUCUCAAAAGUUAAUGAACUACGUUGAGAAGCACCUUUUCAAGUCUGUCGUAAACCCUAUGUGGCAAGCAUUUUCCUCAAAAAAUUCAGUAAGAAUAAGUGAUCAGACUGUCGACGAAUUUAUCACAUUACAGAAAGCAACUUUAGAAUAUAAAAAAUUACUAGAAGAUUAUAAUAUUGGAAUAAAAAGAGAUGAUAAAAAGACAAGAAUAAGCAUAGCUAAACACUGUGGGCUUAUUAUGCCAAAUGCUGAAGAUGAGAAGCCUUAA